CCCCAAGUCAACCCAUAUCCUCACCCAACAUCCCACCUCCCACUCAUUCCACCCAACAUCCAUCUACGUGCAUGAAUUCUCAUGCAUCAAGUAAGCCUCUUCUCUCUCCCCGUAUCACCCGUUCUAAAAACAACAUUUUCAAGCCUAAUCCAAAAUAUGCCUUGCAUACUACACUUCAAACCCCUGCACCAGUUGCUCCCACAACCUUCAAACAAGCAAAUCUCCUUCCUCAUUGGCGCACUGCUAUGCAGGAAGAAAUCACUGCUCUUCAUAAAAAUCAAACAUGGUCCCUUAUACCUCCUGAUUCCACACAAAAUGUUAUUGGUUGUAAAUGGGUUUUUCGGGUUAAGCAAAAUCCUGAUGGUUCUGUUGCACGAUAUAAAGCAAGGCUUGUUGCCAAAGGUUUUCACCAACGCCCUGGCGUUGAUUUUACUGAUACUUUUAGCCCGGUUGUUAAGCCGGCUACCGUCCGAAUUGUUCUCACUUUAGCGGUUACUCAUCACUGGCCAAUUAGACAAUUGGAUGUUAAUAAUGCUUUUUUACAGGGCACCUUAUCUGAUAAAGUUUUCAUGCAGCAACCUUCCGGUUUUGUUGAUCCAAAUCAUCCUAGCCAUGUUUGCCUCCUCCACAAAGCUCUCUAUGGUCUGCGUCAAGCACCCCGGGCAUGGUACUGUGAACUUCGCACCUAUCUCCUCGCCUCUGGUUUUACUAAUAGCAAAAGUGAUGUCUCCCUCUUCAUCCAUCAUACAUCGGGCUGUCUUCUUUUCCUCUUGGUUUACGUGGAUGACAUCAUCAUCACGGGUAACUCUGAAUCUACUGUUCUAUCAUUUAUUACCCGGUUGGCCAGUCGGUUCUCUCUCAAAGAUUUGGGCUCCUUAUCAUAUUUUCUUGGUUUGGAAGCCUUACGCUCAUCAUCAGGACUUUUUCUCAGUCAAAACAAGUAUACCCGUGACUUACUUAGUCGUACCAACAUGCAAGAUGCCAGUUCUGUACCUACACCUAUCUCCCCUAAUGACCAUCUAUCAUUGAAAGAUGGUGCUGCCCCUUACGAUCCCAAAGAGUACCGUAGUGUUUUAGGUGCUCUUCAGUACUUGGCCUUCACCCGUCCAGAUAUCAGUUUUGUAGUCAACAAAUUAGCCCAGUUUAUGCAUUGUCCCUCUACGCUCCAUUGGCAGGCUGUUAAACGUGUCCUUAGAUAUCUCAAAGGCACAACUCAUUUUGGUAUUUAUAUAUCUGCUCAUACUCCUCUCUCUUUGCAUGCAUUUGCUGAUGCCGACUGGGCCGGUGAUACUGAUACACGUCACUCUACUUCUGCUUAUGUCAUCUUCAUUGGCCGUAAUCCCAUUAGCUGGAGCUCAAAAAAGCAAACUACCGUUGCUCGUUCAUCUACUGAAGCUGAAUACCGGGCCAUUGCCGGUGCCACAGCCGAACUCACUUGGAUACGUAAUCUUCUUAAAGAUUUGCACAUUUCUCCUCCCCGUGCUCCUACUGUUUAUUGUGACAACCUAAGUGCUACCUAUGUGUGUGCCAAUCCAGUAUUUCACUCACGUAUGAAGCAUGUUGCUAUUGAUUUUCAUUUUGUCCGUGAACAAGUUGCUAAUGGUUCUCUUCGAGUUGUUCAUGUUCCCACUCACGACCAACUUGCUGAUUCCCUCACAAAACCUCUUCAUCGGAAGUUGUUUCUCUCUCAUCGAUCCAAGCUUGGCAUCCUCCCCGGAUCCCUUUGCUUGCGGGGGCAUGAUAGAAUAUAAUGUCUAUAUUAUUAUUCAUGUAUUAUCCAAUUAUAUUCUUUGUAUAAUUAUCCUUUACGUAGCUUAUUUGUAUUAGGAUAUUAUCCUUGUAUAUCAAACCUUAUCACUUGUAACAACCUGGAGCUUCUCAAGCUCUAAUACUACGUAUAUAUAUCUAGCUACAUCAAUAUGAUGAGCUAUGCUUUUUGCCAUUUAUUAUCUUUCAACUCUUAGCUUCUAAAAACUGAUUUUAUGAGUAAUUUGAUUCUUUGAAGCUCUCAGAAUACUUCUACACUUCAUCCAAAAACUCCAAUAUCUACUUUUAAUCAGGAGAAAUAAAAUUCUAAAUAUUUCAUUAUGUUAAAUUAAAAACUGUAGGACGGGAAGCUGGGGGAUAUGUUACACGUAUGCAACGUGGUUUGCUGUGGAGGCAUUGGCAACAUGUGGGAAGAAGUGGGAGAAUAGUAACGUUGUGCGCAGGGCUUGUCACUUUUUGCUCUCAAAGCAGCUCUUAGAUGGGGGAUGGGGAGAGAGUUAUUUAUCUUGUUCAAGAAAGGUUUGAUUUUUCUUUUUUCUUUUUUGCAUAUUGUCAUUGUUUUUCUAAUUAAACACAGCACUUUUUGCACAUUAAAUGAUUUAAUUAUCAAAGUAAGUGAUGGAGUAUAUGGUUCAAGACUCCCCGGUCCACAUACUUCUACUACACCACAACAGGCCCUACUACCUCAAUGGCCACCCCUUGGGUAACGCCCGAUGGCUAUGGGCCACGACAACUCAGAGAAUGAACAUUUGACAUAGUCGAUCCAGAACAUUCCCAUCUCCAAGUGAGCCCCCGUGAUAGAGCCUUCCAUACCUGAAGGUGAAGCCCUCGAUCAGUUUCGGUCCAAAGGACUCUCGGCCAUCCGCAGACACUCAACUAUCGCAUUAUUUAAUGUUCUACCACGUGUCCGGAUCUUCCUUACGUCGAUUCUCCGUCAUAGACUAGCCUACACGUGUGCGUGCAUUUAAUGCACGUAACAUUUAUGAUUAGUAUAAAUAGCCGUUAUGUUUAUUGGCAAAUGUAUUGACUCGAAAACCAUUAAUACGAUUGCACUCCUCACUAAUAUAACUUACCAAUUCUCUCUACAUAUACCACUAGUGAUACACCGGUUCAACUAGAUAUUACUGAGUAGUAAGUAAAUUGAGAUUACUUUUCUUGUUGCAUUUACCAAAGAAGACACUUCAAUUUUUUCAUAUGAUCUUUUAUUUGUUACAUUGAUAAAAGAUACUAUCGUAUUUUAAAUGUAACUCUUGUGUAUCAGUUUGUUCAGUUGUUUCGACUAUUAUUUCACUAAUCUUUGUGAUUUAGUAGUUAGCCUACAUAUAAUUAACAGCAAGCUUUAUUUAGAAAAAAGAUGACACCCCAUCCCUGAAGGCCUCAACCCUGACCGGACGGUACGUUGGGAGGAUGUAAUUGGACUAUAAUCACAAUCUGACAGAUAGAGAGUGAAGCUCUGUCCCCGUUACUUGCAGAGGCCCUAUGCAUUUUUAGCAUAGUAACCACUCAUCGUAAUUACCGGGAUUCGAACCCGAGACCUAACCCUUGUGGCACUCCCUUGCUACCAGUUGAGCUACGCCCACCGCAACAAGCUUUAUUAAAUACAAUAUGUGUAGGGAGGGUGUGUGUGUAUUGCAUUAAAUGAAAGGAUAAUUCUAACGACAAACAUUACUCUCAAUGUGUCUUUAUUUAUAUACUCCGUAUUAUAUAUACUCAAUUACUACUAGGUGUACACAAACCUAGAAGGAAAUCGGUCACAUUUAGUUCAGACAUCAUGGGCUCUGCUAGCUCUUAUUGCAGCCGAUUAUGCUAAGGUGGAUCCGACCCCAAUUCACCGAGGCAUCAGGGUAUUAAUAAAUUCACAGAUGGAUGACGGAGACUACCCUCAACAGGAAAUUUCUGGAGUAUUUAUGAAGCACUGCACAUUAAACUAUGCAUCCUAUCGGAAUAUAUUUCC